AUGGCGCAGCAGUUAGAGUGCAUUGGAGGAAAGCGCUUCCUCCCCCCAAGCCAGACCCCCCGAUUCCGCCUCUGGGGCUGGGAGCCUCCGCGUCUCUCUCCCCGCUCUCUGGGGGCGCUGGUGGGGCGGCGUCCAUGGGCUCCGUUGGGGUCCCUCUUCUGUUGCUGGCGGGGGCGCUGGCCCGGAUCCCCGGAAGCGAAGGGGGGAAGGAGGCGCCCGCCCUACGGGACGCGGCGGGUGCGGUUCCUGGAGCGGCUGUUCUACGACCGGCAGGAGCUCGUCCGCUUCGACAGCGCCCGCGGGGAGUUCGAGGCCGUCACGGCGUUGGGGAAGGCGACUGCGGAGGCUUGGAACAGGGAUGAGCGUCUCCUGCAUGCCUUCUGCCGAUACAACUACGAGGCUCUCCAGGGCGGCCCCGUGAUUGGCCGGAGAGCCAAGCCCACCGUCUCCAUCUCCCCCACCAAGCUGGAUCCCGCUUCCCCCAACACCAUCCUCCUCUGCAUCGCGAGGGGCUUCUACCCCGUGGAGAUUGAGGUCCAGUGGCUGACGAACGGGCGGCCGGAGGAGGAGGGUGUGGCCUUCGGGGAGGAGCUCCAGAAUGGAGACUGGACCUACCAGCUCCAUGUGCUGCUGGAGACCCAGCCCCAGCGGGGGGACGUCUACACCUGCCAGGUGGAGCAUGCCAGCCUGGAGGCCCCGAUCACUGUCCCGUGGGAGCCCCGUUCCUCCAACUCGGCCAGGAGCAAACUCUGGACGGGGAUCGUGGCAGCCGUGAUUGGGGUGAUCUUCUUUGCCAUGGGGCUCUUCCUCUACAUGAAGAGCAAGAAAUCACUCAUGAAUUAAUCCUGCCGUCCUUCCUGCUUCCUUGUGGGAAAGGAAGGGGCUUUUUUCCAUUAGCUGAAGAAUUUCUGUCUCUUUUUUGCAACCUCUGAAAAAUGGAGGGUCAAGAUUUUAGAUUGGGGGGAGGAGGAGAAUGGCAGCCUGGAGUUUUUCCUGCUGAGACCCCUCUGGCUUUCCUUUGAAGGCCUCUCUUUCUGUGAGGGAGCAGUGGAGCCUAUCUAGACUGACCCAAACUAUCAUUACUGCAGCCCCACAGCCCUUCCUGCCUUCGCGUCUGAAGCCCCCUCCCUCUGGGCAGAGGGUCUCCAACAGAGAGAGUCCUGGGUUAAUCUCGUUUGGCCCCCAACUGGAGCUCAUCUGAGACCCCCCCCUCAGAAAAGGCCCUGAGUGGUCCUGUGGCCAAUGGCCUUGAUCUCUGGGAAGGUCACCCUGAUGUCCAUCUCCCUGGACUGAGGACUCCUGGGCAGGGGGUGUUGGGAAGGGUGUCUUCCCCAGGGCCUCUUGGGGCCAGAGCAGAAAG